AUGAUGGGUCAAUGGAUCAGAUUGCUCCUCUUGUUCCAUUUAGGGACCGUUCUUCUUAAUGCUGCACAUAUACAGGGCACAUGGAAUCCGUCCGAACAGAAGGUGGCGGUUCUCACCAAAUUUGGGUACCAACAGACGAAUGUGAAGAAUGAAAAAGACUCGAGAGGAUUUUUAUACGGACAUUUCUUGCCACAAGCCACGUUUAACUAUUCGAAUCCGGUUCUACUCGCCAUCGUAUCAUCAGAAAACAUCAAUAUCUUCCGGAAAACGUCCACCGACUAUGGAAUGUCCUGUGGGUCAAUGUUGAGGAACUUGACGAACAAAGGAUUCGAGCCACGAUGCUUUCCAAAUGGAACCAGCGACAGUUUUCGAUGGAUUCCUUGCCCGGACGGUCAUUUGUGUAAGGGAGAGGAUAACGCGGCCAAUGUGAUUCCAGGAUACCAGAUGACGAUGCAGAUUCAAGAGCGAUUUAAUCCCGAGCAUUGGUACGUCCUCCUAAUCGCUUGCAAUUUGGAUUCCAAUUGUGAAUGGAAAGACUCCGCACCAAAUGUUCCUAUAAACUAUGACAUCUGGCUGACCAAUGGGCGUCCUAAUAGUGCAGCCGUCAGCUUUUUCACAUUCAACUUCUCCUUCGACGAGCAAAACACUGUCCAACUGUUCUUGCUAACCGUCUGUAUGUAUGCCAUUCUUUCCAUCAUCCAAUCUGGUGCCAACUUCAAAAACCGACAAAUACCUCCUAGAAGCAUAAUUCUCUCUCGAAUAAUCACCAUGAAACUCAUCGGAUACAGCUUACAAUGUUUCAACGUACUUCUCUUCGCAUAUGAUGGUCAGGGAUUUUUCAUUGCCAGAAUCGCUGGGGAAGUGUUGAGAAACACGUCGGUCCAAGUACACUGUCUUCUGCUGAUUCUUCUGGCCAAAGGAUGGGACAUUUCGUAUCCUGGGACGGAGUAUCCAAGACGGACCAUCAUCAUGUGGGGGAUUUUAGCCGGACUUGAUACGAUUUUGUUUUUCUAUAAUUGUACAUUCGUCUAUGACGUCCUCCAUGACGUUGACAUCUACUCAGCAUGGCCGGGGCACGGAAUGAUCCUGAUCCGCAUCGUCUAUGCAAUCUGGUUUUUAAUCGAAAUCCGAAAAUUGAUCGACAGCGAGCAGAACCGACACAAGGCAGAGUUCCUUGCACAUUUUGGAGCUGGUUUCCUGGUUUGGUUCGUCUCACUGCCAAUGAUUGGAAUUGUGGCGUCGUUUGUGUCCCAGUUGUGGAGAUUCUCGCUUAUUUUGGCAUUGACUACGUUCGCUAACUUUGUGGCUCUCUCAUGUCUGGUGCAUCAGUUCUGGCCCAAGUCGUCUUAUCGAAAGUUUUUCGCUGAUUAUACAAAUGGUCAUCGCCGACUCGGAAGAGACGAUUCUCACGAGUUCAACGACUACGACAACUAUCUGUUCUACGACCAGGACAGCGAUUCCGAUGCUGACUUUCCAGACUGUGAAGAUGCCAUUCGAACUCAGAUCUAG